GUGUCUGUUCAAAACGUGUGACAACGUCCUUGUUUCGCACAAAGCCCAGAGGAGUGACUACCGACAACACCAUCUGAAGUCACCAUGCCACAGUGUGGUUGAAGGGGGGGGGGCGCACUGAAGCGACCAUGGCGGGGUGAAAUUAAAAACAGACGGCCAAAGUACAUGCCUAAGCUUGUGCGAGGUCUUUACUGAAAGCUGAGAAGAAGGGGAGGAGGAGAGAGCUUGUCCUAUAUUGGAGGAAAGGGGGAGGAGAGAGGUUGGGGGUAGGAUGUGUGAGUGCACACUUGAGUUAACGAGGACUUUCACUUUUAGGCUCCGUGAGCUGAUCGAUGUUAGCAUGCCGACGGGACAGGGUGAAGGGAGAGGAGCAGAGAGGGAAAGGCGCACGAAAGGAAGGGCAGCUUUUUGCACAGAUGUUCUGACACUGUCCUAAAGAAUUCGGAAAGUUCCAGAGGUUCUGAAACCGUGACUGGUAAUCUGGUGACAGAGUUAGAGAGAGAGAGAAAGAGAGGUAAGAUAGUGAAAGCAAAAAAGGACAUAGCUUUUUAGUUUUUUAGUAAGACUGUUGUGUAAUCUCUCAUCGACGCUUUGUGGAUGUAUCGGGAUUGUCAAAUAACUUAAUCAGACGGAGCGCCCGGGCGGGACGUCAAUAAAGAAGCAUGGGGAAUAAAGACCACAUCGGCCGGUAAAAGCAUGUCACGAACAGUACUAUUGCUUCUGUCAAUAUUCACUGUUCAAGGAAGCGGUUGUGAUGAUCUGAAGAAAGGAACUGUUAGCAAUCUUCAGGCCACCAUCAACAAUGAAAAAAAUAAAGGAUUUCCUGAAGUGUUCCCCAGAAACUACCAUGUGCAUCAUUAUUUCAAUGCCAGCACAGAGUGCCAUGACUCGUGCUGUGUGUUCAGUGCAGCUGUGAUUCUCUCUCAUUCUUGGAUGCAACUCCUGCAGCACCUUGAAAGGAUUCAUGUCAAAUACACAUUCAUCACUGAACUGAAGACUACCCUUGAUGACAUUUCAAGAGGGAGCUUCCAGGAAUCUCCCGAUCCCUCUGUCUUCCCACAUGUACACUCCUCCCCUGGAGCCCUGCUCACCUCCACGUCGGUGGUUCUCUCCAAAUGGGUGGACCUGGACUGUCCAGUUGGCAAGCAUGCAUGUGUCUUACCCAGUCCAGACCCCCUUUACCCGGAGGAAGAGGAGGAACUCGAGGAAGAAGGGGGUGUCGCAGGCAGGACAGUCACAGAGGAGUUGUUGCACGGAAAGGAAGGAGAGAGAGGGAAAAGAUGGAUUACUGUCAUCCCAACUAAUGGGAACGCUGAGACGCAUGCAUUUCCAGGUCUCAUCCUGUGUACGCUUUCUUCCUUAAAGAUGGUGCUGGAUGUGCUGGAGAGGGAACUCUGAGGAGGAAGAAAAAUGGUCAACUUUCAGCCUGGAUGUAAUAGUGAAGGACCCUGGCUGGUAAGCGCUGGAUUUUGGGGACUAUAGCCAAUUUAGGGGGGUGGUGCACAGUCCAGGAUUCACUCUAAAGUUACCGGAACAGGCUGUAGUUCAGGAAGCAGCUGUGCCUGCUGCAGGUUGGAUGGUGAUGUGUCAGACCUGCAGUGUUUUUGGGGGGGUUUAUUUAAUCCAGAAUCAGACUUAAAGAUCUCAGAGUCACUGGAUUAGAUGAAACAAAGUCAUGUGUAAAGCCGUCUGUUUUUUCCCCCAUAGUUGUUAAUUGGAUGCAAAAGGAUUACAUUUUUAUCAGCAAAAUGUUGAUCAUUUUAUAUAUUAAAAAUUACUUAGGAUUUUAUUUUAAUAAAGUUUCUUUUUUUAAAAAAAACAACAUUAAAACCUGAGAUAAAAUAGCUAUUCUGGUUGGGUUGUGCAGAUGAUCACAAAUUUACAAUCGACAUUUUAAGGGGAUAAAAAUGCUCAAAUAGUGACUUUUGAUCAUGUUUUUUUUUUUUCUUAUAACGUUGUGGCUCCAUGAUAACUUGUACAUUUUGUCAAAGCAUUUCACCCACGCAAAAAUGUCUUGCUCCUUGCAAAUAAGAAAAAUAUUUGUAAACCAGUCAGUGCUGCUGCACAAGUUCUGACCACAUUUCAGUGAAAGAGAAAGAUACUGCCCAGGGCCUGUUUUAUUUCAGGCUAACACUGACAGUGGGAAGAGGGAAGGCAAAAAGCUUAGACCGCUAUCCUUCAACAUAAUGAAGUGUUUGAUUUUUUUUUCAUCCACAUCUCUCAUCACUUUAGGACUUUAGGAAAGCUAUAUGGAGUGUCUCAACGUAGAUACACUACAUGCUGCAGUUGUGUCCAAUUGCACUCUUCAUCCUCACGAGGACUGCACAUGUCAGUCUAGUUUUUGAAGUUUUUGCUUUAAAAGCUGAUCCAAAUGCUACUCAUUUGGUUUUCUUUUUUGAGACAAUGGCUUUUCUCCAGAGUAAAAGCCCUUGUCUGGAAAUAGUCACUGUCUAUUGUCGUGCUCUACUGAAUGGACCGAUAUGAACAAUUAUCACAUGCUCACUCUAUAAUUUGUUUGUCUAAUUUUAUGUCAUUUCUUUGCACUGAUCAUUUGUGCCCCUUCUGUGCCUUGGUUGUUUUAGUACUGUUGAAUUAUGUGCCUCAAGUGUCAUGUAAGAUGUCAGAUGUGGACUUUGAAAAGUUUGAAACUCAGAAUGUAGAACUAAAGGUGAUAAGAAAGCAAAAAUCAAAGCUCCCGUUUCACUUUGUCAGUAGUCUUCAGUAUUAGCAAUGGUAUUGUCAGUUAUAACACUAUUAUAAAUGUUGUAUUUUAACUAACAAACACAAAAUCAGAACAGUUAUAACACUUUUAAAUACUGCAUUUUAACUAACAAAAACAAAAUCAGAAGAUAACCUUUUACAGAUGCAGUAAACAUCUCUAGUAGUGUAGUCAUGAUAGCUUACAUGGUUAGGCUAGUGCCCGAGAUGGAUUUGUAUAGUAUUUUAGGAAUGGUUUUGCAUUGUUAAAAUGUUUACAUGUCUUUAAAUGUUAGCCUGGAUGCUACCCAUAAUGAAACUUACUUAUACUGUAUUACCACAGUCAACCUGCAAAUUAGAAGAACUGGAUUAUGUAUGUCUUUUGUGCAGAUUCUUCCAUUGUUGUUUAUGCUGUCAUUGUUUAGUGAAAUGUGUGCAUAUGUCAAUGUGUAGAACAUGUGUGUAUAUUUAAUAUGCACAUUUUUCAAAACAUUUUAGGAAACAUCUCUUGAUACUGAAAACCAGUUCCUAAGACUAAGCUUGCAUUCACUAUCUCAAGACUGGUAUAACGGAGCUUUACACUUUUAUUGUAUUGUAUUGGCAGAUGUGCAUACUGGCAUGCCUGUUUCAGAAUGUACUUGUGUAAUUAUAAAGAACUGUGGAAUCUUUUUAUUAAGUAUAACCAACUAUAUAAACACCAAAGCUGCUCCUUGAGAUGCAAACAAUUUGAACUAAGCUACAGAGCAAACAACACAAAUUCCAUCUUAGUUGUGUCUAACUCCACCCUUGUCCUGUCACUUUACUGUCCACCUGUGCUCUGUUCUCUCUUAGGCAGGAACUGUUCAUGUUUAGGUAGUGUUAAAUCCAUGAUUAAGUAUUAAGAUGCUGGAUCUGAUUAGCCUCAGCAGCCACAGACACCAUGAGAACCUGCCACCCACCACGUUGUGCCGAAACACUUCUGAAGAUUGCUGUGACACUACUACUUUGGGACGUUGUUGAAAGUGUUUGGAUAUGUGUGUUUAUAUAUACUGUGUUAUCUUUGGUUACAUGUUGUGAGAGGGACAUACUGUCUCUCUGUGUGUGUGUGUGUGUGUGUGUGUGUGUGUGUGUGUGUGUGUGUGUGUGUGUGUGUGAGAAAGAGAGAGAGAAAGACAUGUCACAGCUAGAUAGGGAUAUGCAUAUGAUGGUACAAACAACAAGAGUUUAACAGACUGCUAUUGUUCACUCACUGCUUUCCUUAUGCACUCUGCAAACCAGUAACGGAUAAAGGCAAAACAAACCCACACACAACAUACAGUAUGAACACUAUUCAAAUAUGCAACUAGAAUAUUAUUCAACCAGUCGAAAAAUGUCUUAAAUUACCAUAUAAUGCCUUUUAUUCUAUAACAUCUUAUGCUUGAAUUGCAUGUCCACAGACACAAUCUGAAGCAUUAUUUAGCUCUGGAAACCUAAAAGGUGUGUGUGAUGGAAACUGUCUAAAUAAACCACCACUUUUAAAUAUUA